ACAAGAAAGUUGUAUCGGUGUCUUGGGACUGCUCUGGGUGCAUCGUGUGCAUUUAUCUGAGCAACAAAAAGCUCUGCACAAAGAUACAGGUGACUGGAUUGUUUGAUUGUGCCUGGAUUGCUCAGCUGGAGAGUGAUGCAAUGCAACAGAAUAAACAAAUGCAUCACGCUGACCAAACACUUCCUUUGAGUGAGUCAUAAUUUUGGCAUCGCCGGCGUGUUUAUGAGUAGACGACACCUUUCUCUGCAGUCACGAGAGUAAUAACACACUUGGCGUGCUCUGGAAACCUGUUGAAGCGAAGUAGGAGAUGGUUUAAAUGGAACAAGGUGUCUCAGAGGAUCUCCUUUGAUCUCAGCAAUUUUGCAUGAUAUAAAUACCUACAGAUUAAUUAUGCAUGCGCGGUGGGAUUCGCCAAAUUCAUGACUGUCCUGAUGAGCACUUGCUUGCUCUUUUCUCUUGCUCUUGGAUAUUUUUGGCACGUUGGCGAAACCGAUCCGAUGGCGUCGUUAGAGAAAACACAAGAAAGCGUCGUUUAGUAGAUUGUUGUUAAUUACAACUUACAAAACAUAGUAGACUUGCCAGGAAUCACUUAAAUAAUUCAAUGUAAAGACAUAUUUGUGUUAAAGAAGCCAAAAAUCCAACAUUCGUUUUUAUUUGGAACAGUCCGAUAAAACAGGCAAUAUGAAGAAUAGUCCAUAAAGAUUUACUUUAAAAGGCUUUUUUCUGUAUAGAGGAUGCAAAAGAGACAAGAAUAUAUAAUAGUAGUAAUUAAGGUCACUGUAAUCGAACAUAACUCUUGCAGAGUUCAUGGUCCCUGAUAUCUCCCCAGCCCCCGUUUUUCACAUGUGGAGCCACCCCUCCAGCCCCGUUUGCAGGCAGUCUCUUAGUUAUCAGGAGGUUCUUUGGGAACAGCUGGUUCCCGCUGCUCUGGAGGAUGUUCUCUAUCUUGGUUUUCUGGCUCAUCGGCAUGCAGGAGGCCUUUUUGUGGUGCAUGCCGCAGUCCCCGGCGUGGAAGAUCCUGGGCGCCUCGCUCACCAUGACCUUCCAGUAAGAGGGCAGGCAGGCCACAGUCAAGUGCUGCAAGGACCAGUCCCAGUUGUAGUCGUCGUACGUGCAGAACGUGUCGGUGCACUGGAUGAGCUUCUGGUAUGUCUCUCUAUUCAGGGCCAUCCCCAUGUUGUGCUCAGUGGACUUCCACGCCUUCACCUCAACCUUGUUAGCUUUGCUGGAGUAGCCGAUGUGGCUGUAGCUUCCCAGUGAGAGGAUGUCGCAGUCGGUGCACUGCUCUCUUUUCAGGGCUGACAUCAGCUUUAAGAGAUGGAUAAAGUCCGGGGACAAGAAGUGGUCCUCCUCGAUCAGGAGGACCAGACCUUUGUGAUCCUUCACAGCUUGUACUCUUUCCCAUACAAAGUGCAGCUUCCACCACCAGUGGUGCUUGGUCUGAGAGAACUUUGCCUCCCGGUAGUGGCCGAACGAGUCAGGGUACUCUGCGUUGAUGCAGCCCAUCUUUAAGGCGUCUUUUUUGGGGAUGUCUCUGGGACAGUCCCUGGGGUCAUGUCCCGGGAACUCCUGUGGGUAUAGCUGAAUGCUGAAGGGGAAGAAAAUCUGAAGUACCUGACAAAAGUCCACAGAGGCAACCACCUUGUUUAUUUCAGGAGACCAGAAGUCAUGGCUGAAUAUCAGCAGUAUGCUCUCUACGCCUCUGGCCUUCCGCAGACUGUCCACUAAGAGUUUAAGGUAGUCCGGUCUGUUAUGGACCUGAACCACCACAACCAGAUCAUCCUUCUGCCGUGCCGCCUUGAACUUUUCCUCAUUUCUUAUCGUUUGGUCGAAGUUGAGCUGAAAGACGAUGCCCCGGUAGACUAAAGUGGUGUUAUCUAUCUCUGGUUUGGAGAUCUUCUCCUUGUCCUUUGCUUUUUCCUGGUGUGUGUCAUUUGCAUGUAUAACUGGAGGGUGGACAGGUGCCCGGCUCACCACAGGUGUAGCUUGUACUUGGAUAUGAUUGUUAAUGUUGAUGCUACUGCUGCUACUGCUAAUGCUGCUGCUUCUCCUCGCCGUCUCCACCUCCUUUGGGAACGCUCCACUUUCGCUCUUCUUCUGCCUUCCGCUGCUCCAGAAAGCGAGGCCACAGAUGACAACCACCACGGUCAGUAUCACCACCUUCCUCUUGUAGAUUCGGAAUCUCAUGAUAAGGGGUCAGCCUCUUGCCAGGGGGGAGAGAAGUUGAUUGCGGUGAAAUGAAGAUCUCAGGUUUGCAGCGAGGAUGAUGUGCUUUGUAAAGGGUGCAAGCCUGAUUAAAAAGAAGCUGCUAUGAGGCUAAUUGUUGGCUAAAUGAUUCUUUGUUGUAAACACAGACCCCACUGGAAUGUCAUUGACGGUGGAUAGAUUCUCCAUAAGGCAUGACGGUAGCUUGGAGGCAGCAGGGCAGCAGUGUGCAGGAACCACCUAAAGGAGAGAGACAUCAUGAAAAAGUUAGGUGCAUUGUGGUACUGAAACUAGGACUGUCAUGGUGAAAAUGCCUAUACUAGUUCAUAUCAGUAUGCAGUGUAUUGCAAUAUAUCAAAUGAGUUUUAAAAGCAUCUGCCACUGUCUUAAAUUGUUAGAUCACCCAUCACAAAAUUAGAAUAAAUGUCACAUACUGGGAGCCAAAGAAACAGUAAGAUGCUUAUUUUAACUACAAGCUCAUAAAAUAGUGACAGAUGUUAAAUGAAAAGGGCUAAUAAGCUACUAGAUUAAGAAAAUAUACAUACACUGCAUGGAAUAAAAUAACUAAAUCCUAUGAUAUCAAAAUUAAAACCAGGGGGAAAAAGGCUAAUCCUUUUUUCCUCCAUUUGCUUGUGAAGGCACUUGGAAGUAGUGUCAAGCUACUAAAACAAGCUCAUCACAUGUUAGAAGCCAAAAAUAUUACAUUGCAAACACUAAUUCAUUUUGCAAGGUUUAAAUCUGGUUAAUAGAAACGAUGUGAUGACUGAAACAUAAUAUUGUGAAAUGACUCCUGUAGCUUUAGUCAGAGCACACACACACACACAGACACACACACAGAAACGGUCUUGUCUUGCAUAAAAUGACAGACAAAAAUGAAAAUAUAGAUUUUUUUGGGGAUGCUUAUCUCUGAUUAAUACAUAUUUAAAAUUGGCCUUUUAGUUAAAUAAACAGUUAACUAAAGCACCCAGGUUUCGCUUUUGUAAGUCUGUGUCCUGAAGAAAGAUUCAACAAUGACAGCCCUUUUCUGUUGAUAUCUGACACUAUUCUUUUUUUCUAGCACCCGCCUAAUUCUCUCUCUUGUGGUUCACCCCUGACUGUGCCCAAGCUUGAUAGUCUGUGUGUGGUACUGAGACAUUUGAUACCUUUGAUCAUCUGUGAAAAUAUUAAUGAACACACCCCACGUAACGCCUACAAAAUUUAACAAAGUCUUAGCCACACAAGUUUGGAUGGACCAUAAUAAAACAGCAAUGACUAUACACCAACCAGUCACAGCAUUAGGUAUUUUACCCGCUUCUUUACAAAUGCAUCGUAUUAAGAACACCUUACAAUAAUACACUACAGCUAGGGCUAGGCGAUAAGAAGAUAACGAUACACAUCGAAAAUCAAUUUCCCUCGAUUCGCACUGAACCAAUUAUGUGCUGAAUUAGAACCAAGAAGCAAACAACUGCGUAGUCGCAGGCUGCAGCUACACACAACCAUAGCACUUUAACACGUAAAGCAGACAGCACUGUUGGUGAGAAAAAAAAGAAAAUGAGUGCUACCCCUGGCAGAAAUUCAGAUGACGGCUCAACAGAUGACGACAUCGCCGACAAAAUUGGCAUGAAAACGUCGGUGGUGUGGAGGUUUUUUGUUUUUUUGAAGUCGGACAUGAAGCAGAGUAAUGUGCACUGCAAAUUGUGUCGAGUACAUGUUCUCACAAAGUUGGGUAAUACCUCAAAUCUUUCCCAGCAGUGACACGUUGCAGAACAUGUGCAAUACAAAAGUAGGACUGGUGAUUAUAUGAUCAUGAUUUAUGAUCGUGGUAAAUUUCAUUUCGAUCACAGUAAUUAUUUGUGAGCAUAUUAACUCAAUCAAACAAAGCGGAAAUGUGCGUCACAACAGCCAAUCAGAGUCCAGCUUUUCCUGCUCCACUUCUGUAAGUCGCCGGAGAAGUAAACCGUAAUAAUGUGUACUGUAAUAAUCGUUCCACAAUUAUAAUUUAAAGACAAGUGGCAGCGUCACUCAGCAGAGGCGAGCAUGCCGACUACAUACCAACCUAACCCACUUGUAGUCUUACCCACGGUGUCAAAGCCUCGGUAGCAAAAUGUACAAACAAACCACCACAACAGUAGUCCCAAAUCCAAAACAAACUCUGAAAUUAAGUACAUUAAUGCCAGCCUAACAAAAGCGGGAACAUUAAAAGAGAAAAUGAAGAAAUUUUACAACAAAAUGCGAGAACAGUCGGAGACUGAGACAUAGUAUGGACGUUUUACGGCUUCACAAAACAGACGGAGCAGGUAAACCUGACACCAAUCUGCAGGUUAUGCCGUAAGGAAGUUGCAGCGCCGCCGUCUAACACUUCAAACCUACAUGCCCAUCUCCGUGAACACCAUCCAGCAUCUUUAAUUACGUUAAAAGCAAUGCGAUAAUACCGUGAAUCGUGAUAUUUUGGAUCACCAAUAUCGUGAUAUAAAAUUUUUCAUAUCGGCACAUGCCUAGCCCUAACUACAGCACACCUCCAACACACCCACCUCAACUUUAGCAAUUAAUUUAAAGCAAGUCUGGCCAUGUCAACAAAAACUAAAAAUGCAGAAACUUUCUUUGAGUAAAUCUUAAGUUGAAUUAAAUUCCAUUAGGUGUUCAUGAUGUUGUGGCUGGAUGCUGUAUAAAGUUAUCACCUCGUAUAUGUGUGUAAUAUCCCUGCAGGGCUCUUCACGCAUUUACAGCUCGUCGAAUCGUAACCGUUGCUCCUGCAGCCGAAAGUAGUUCAAUUCGCAAUGCUGACUCUUUCCUUUGCACAAUCUGAACCUGAGUUUGAUAAAAAUGUUUGUCUAUCGUGUCCUGUUUCUGUGUCAACAUUUCACUCGGAGCCCUGAAGCGUUUCCUUUAGUUUUCUCUCCUGACAGACACACAGAGCCACAGACAGCUUACAUCGAUUACAGCCUUUUCACACCAUCGCUUAUAUUUUCACCGGGUGAGAUAAAACGCUCAAAAUACCAGAAAGCAGUCUGCAGUUUUAUUGUUUUAUGACAGGAAUCCUCCUCUUAAAAGCUAACGGUGCGUUAGCAUUUGCGGCUAACUACCAACAAGCAGUCCAGUCCAGACCAAACCUCGUUAAAAACAGCCUCCAUGUUAGACCCGGACCACCAUAUUUAAAAUACGCACCUAAAACUGAGGCAGCCGAGCGGUCCUUUCAGUGGAAAACAUCAAUACGGCGGCGUCCCAUUUUCCUCCAUUUCUUCUAAUAGGCUGCAUGGAAACGCAGCUUUCAGCUAGCUGCAAAAACCCUAAAUACGGAAACCACAGCCUGCCGCUGUCCCACAAUGCACUGUUCCAGCGGGGGGCACUCGAGACCCCAUCAAUAUCAUAUCCCUGCUGCUUUUCUCUUUUUUUCUGCUUUAUUGGAGGAUACGGCUGCACAGAUUAAUCAAACAGCAAACAAACACCAUAAUCUCAGCCUAAAAUAAACACAGAGUAAGACACGCUAUUUAUAUGCACAUGGGUAUAAAAAUUAAAGUGAAAUAUUUUUAUGUACAGUGUGGACUCUGCUCUUCUGUCGUUCAGUUUAUGUAAUGAUUUGAUGUAAUGCUCUAUUUCUAUUUCGAGUGUGUUAUACUUUGGGUAUACACCCACCUGCUGUAACAUUGGGCACACCUGGGCGAGUACGGUGGCCGAGAACCGCCACUGCUGGAAAUAAGAAAGAAUGCAAAAAAAAAAAAAGGAAGAAAGAAAGAAACCACAACAGAAGUUACUGAUACAAAAAAGAAAGAAAGAAACCACAACGAGAGUUACUGAUGCAAAAAAAAGGAGAGAUACAGAAAAAAACAGAGAGAGAAACCGAAGCCCGCUGCAAAUAAAAAAAGGAAACGGUGCAGAUUGACAACAACAACCACACACACACACAAAAAAACCCCCACAACAGAAGUUAAUGAUGCUAAAUAAAGUGGUGAUGGAAAAAAAAAGAGAAACAACAGAAGUGAGCUGCCGGGAACCAAUAAUGAUGAUGCACCUGUGUUUUACGAUCUUGGCACAGAAGACGACAGCAAAAAGAUGAACAAAGAAGUAAGUGGAAUUGUUUCAUUUGGCUUUGUAAACUCUCAGUGUGUCGUUUGCUUAGGCAAUGUAGCGCCUGAGUUGAUAUGAAGUUGAACUGAACGAAAGUUAAAAAAAGUAAAAAAGUAGUGAUGCAAAAAAUAAAUAAAUAAACUUACUGUAUAUAUAUAUAUAUAUAUAUAUAUAUAUAUAUAUAUAUAUAUACACACACACACACACACACACAUAUAUGUAGAGUAAAAAUCUUUACCGUUGCCUUAAAGAAUUCUAGUAUUUGAGUAAAGUACAAAUCAUCAGAAUCUGUACUUAAGUACAGUACUCAAGUAAAUUUACUGUCCACCACUGCAUAUGUUGCUAAACAGAGUGAAAGAAAAGUUGACAGCAGUAUCUUGAAUAAUUUUGUUUUAUUACUUUUCUUAUAUUAGAAAUAUUAUUUAGAUUAUUAUUGCCACGGGACUAAUAAGCAAUCAGUACAUUUCAGUAAUAAAACUAACUUUACCUUGUUGCCCAGACUCCAUACCUCUAGGCGGCAGCACCUACAAUCUCCAUAGGGGAAACAAACCAUCUAAAAGCUUCAUCUGCGCAGGCGCGUCCCUCUUUCUUCCUUUCCGACGCUCGAGCGAAAGAGACAAGAUGGGCCACCAGCAGCUCUAUUGGAGUCACCCCAGAAAAUUCGGACAGGGAUCACGAUCCUGGUCAGUCCUGCCUCUUAUUUAUUCUGUAUCUUAUUAAGCGCCGAAGUGGGGUAGUUUGAGAGUGUUUGUGGUUUCUGGCACUUAGACAUUUGUCCCCCAACAAACACCGCGUGGACGCUGGUCCUCGGCUAAUAUGGCGGUGUGGAGGAUGCGCCUAGUUAGCUUCAUAGCAUUAGCCUUAGCUCAUCACAGCUCUGUAUACCCUUGUUAACAGUGAACUAAACCUUAUAAAAGGAUGAAAAUGAACAAAAGAUUUUUAAAAAUAUACUAUAAACUUUAUCUUUUAUUAUCGUAAGUGUUGUAUCCGUGUUAAGUAGUCGAGAUGCAUCCAAGUGAUAGUCGGCUCCGGGUUUGUGUGUACUUCCGCCACUUCUAAUUCAAUAUUUCUGUAUGAAUAAAAGGUGCUAUAAGUAUUGUUUUGUAAGAAAUGUGAAAUGAGAGCUCUUUUAUCCGUUUCUUCCUCCCUCUCCAGCCGGGUAUGCUCGAACAGACACGGUUUGAUCCGUAAAUACGGGCUCAACAUGUGCCGUCAGUGCUUCAGGCAGUACGCCAAAGACAUCGGCUUCGUCAAGGCAAGUAUCUAGCUUUUUCUCUGACAUCCACGCUGCUUUUAAAGUUUCAUGAAAACUUAAAUAACUUAUAUUAUUCUUGCAGAAGUUAGGCUUCUGUUUGGCAGUAAGAGUAAUGGUUUAUGUUGUGUUUUUACAGCUGGACUAGAUGUCUCAAACCCUCCCUCCCAGAUGACCAUGGGGACCUAUGACAGGCUGGAGAUAAUGGGAUGAUUUGGCACUGCAAAUAAAUGUGUUUUUUUGUCCAAGAUGAAUGCAUUGUGUGCUUCUUAUAUUGUUUACUGGGUACUUGUACAAAUAACGUGGGUUUUGAUGGGGAAAUGUCCCACUCUAAGCAGGAAAUAUGCACAACAAAUCUCAGUUUCACUUUUUUACAGUGGGCAGAUCUUUGACAGAGGCAGGGAGGAUUCUUUUCAGAAUCAUUUAGGGAGACUAAACACCUUCAUAGGAAUCUGUGUGUACAUGGCAUCUCUAGGCUAUCCAAGAAUGUAUUGGGCUGCUAAAACAAGAGUCCCAGUUAUAGCUGAUUCCAUGACCUGUGAUCGUUUCUACAUGAUCAGGUCUUCACUAAAAGGCCUGAAAUGGUCAACAGUCCAAGGCCUUUCAGGUGCAGAAUACCCGGGUUCAAUAGUGAAACAUGUAAUAUGUGUGAAGUACCAUAAUUUCCUCUGUGUCUCCAAAAGAUCCUAGUGCUUCCUCAGGCAUUUUAAAUUAAUCACCUUUUGUCAAAUGGAAAACCCGGUGCCUAGUGAAAAGUCAGUGAGUUCUAAGUUGACCCAGGACCUCCUUAGAUGUUUUUUAAUGUAAAUAUGUUCAAUUUGUUUUGAUAUACUAAUAAAGAUUUAUAAGUAGUAUAUCAAAACAUGAUUAUAAAAGCAUGCAUUAGUCUCUGUCUGGCUCAGAGAGAGAAACGGUUAUACUUUUGCAGUGUUUUUAAGAUGGUAAAAGGCUGUUUUAGUGACCACCCAGGAUGAGUUUUAAAAUUAAAAUCAGCAUCAAAGACCACCUUGAGAAAAUGUGGAUAAGUACCCUAUUGCUGGGUCUUAUCAGGCAAACUUUACUAUGUAACAGGAAUAUCUCAGAUUUGGAUGUAACACGGCUGUUCAAACCCACAUAUUGAGUGUUUCUUAUAAAGAAUUACUCAGUCAGAUUUAAUGUUUUAAGUCAAGCACACAGCUUUUAAAAGUUUAAGUUUAACUAGUUUUAGUUUUUUAACCAACGUUUUUUGUUGGUGCUGUAAAGUCUUUCAAAUCAAUACAGAUCCAUAUGAAAUAUCAGAUAGUGGAGUACAGCAGCUUUUGUCUGGAAGCUCCCUACAAUGUUUUGUUUCUACUUUGGCUUUAUGUUAAACUAUGUUAACACUCAAAUGGAUGGCCAAGAAAGUAAAACGAGUAAAAACUAAACUCAAAUGUCAUAAUUUAAUCAUCAUACCUGUUGUAAACAAAAUUUGCUCUACUUGAGAAGACAUUAAAGCGAAAAAGGCUGUUUUUUUCACAAACUGGUGAAAAGCAAAAGGUUAAUUUCCAAAUUUAAACAACACACCCAAGAAUUGCCAACAUGCUGAGAUAUUGUUAUGAAAAAUUCAGAGUCCCCUGUAGUGCGGCUAAUUGCUCAAUGCCUCAAGGCGGGUGGACAACAAAUAUUGAGAGGAUUUCACAGGCGCAAGCAAGGAAUAAACAAAGGCUGAAUGACAAAACAGAGGAUAGAAGACAGAUGAUUACUUAUAUUUAACUAAUAAGUAACCUUGAAGUGAAGGGCUAUGCCUGUGUAUCUCAAUAUAAAAGCAAAGUCAGAUGGAGACUGUAACACUGCUCAGUGUCUUGAUCUAAAAAGAGAAGAAAAGCAAUUAAACCGAAUGACUAUGGUCGAAUCAGUAUGAUGGCAAUGAAGUAUUUCAAGUCAUUAUGGCAGCAUAACAGUGCAUAAUUAAUUUUAAAGCACUAAGCCAUGUGGGCUGUUAUAAUCAUAGUGUCAGACUGUUCAAGCGAGAUGAAUUUGCCUCGGUUUCUUAGUUUUGUCUGCACAAAAUUGAUGUGAGUCAGGUUUGCCGUACUUUUAUCAGCCUGUGAGGAAUUACUAAGAAAUUAAUGAAUUCUGAGUUCAGCUGCUGCAGCAAAAGUGUCCUCAUCAGGACGGCACAGGUUUUUUAUUUUAUAUUUACAGUAAGGAUGUGUGCGCAAAGAAUGAGGAUUUUUAAGGAGAUUUGAUAUCCAGAAAAUUGACUUUAAGACUAACACAUUCAUAGAAGAUGUAAAUUGGAGAUUUUGAUUUUAAGCGACAACAAAAUAUGUCAGUGACAAUAAUCACAUGGUUGGUACUUGGGUAACACUUUACAAUAACCAUAACUUACACAUGGUAAAUAUACCAUUUAUGAAUGGUAAUCAGAUAGUUUAUUAAUGUUUAAUCAUCAUUUAUAUCUAUUAAUAAAUUGCAAAUUUUGCAGUUUUAAAAACCUAACCCUAACUUUACAAUAACCAUCUAAGUAAUGUUUAUAGAUGGUUUAUUAACCAAAUAUUAACGAUUUACAAAGUGCCAAUGACACACAUUUUAAUCUAGAUGUUUUACAACCAAUAUUUAAACCCUAUAUAAACCUUUAAUAAAUAGUCCAUUAAUAGUUAAUAAAAAUCCAAACCACUGCUCUCUCAAAUGUUGACUUAAAGACAGAGAAUUAAGAAUAUAUAUAUAUAUAUAUAUAUUUUAAAAUACACCUUCAUAUGUGGCUUUGUUGAUGAAGUUGUAAACAGAGUUAGAGUUUGUACAUAGAAUAGCAUUCAUCUGUAUGUCUUUUUUACCCUCAAAAUAGCUUCAACAGAAGAAUUAAACACUAGAUGGCAGCAAUGCUUCACCAUUUGGAUUUAAAGCCAGCAGAGGUGACAAAAGUGGGAAUGAUACUGCUCAAACUGUGCCGUUAACCAGCUUUUUCCGCUGCAAACAAGCAUUAUAGAAGCUUAAGUUAAGGUGUUGAAUAAGGAGUUUUACACGGGUUGAUGAAUAGCUAAGGAAGUAUUUCACACAAGGAGCUUUGCAGUUUGAUUUUUCAAAAACUACCCAGUAGAAACAUUUAUUACUUCUACUUGUGCUGAUCCUGCAGUGUGUAUUAAUAUCACACCAUGCACUCUGAUGAUUUAUCAGCCCAAGGUUUGGUUCAAUUUGAUUUAAUCCGGGGCAACAAAUAAAUGAUGUUUUGCAAAGUCCUGUUUAUCAUCAAUAACAGAUCACUUUGUGCUCAGCAGGAUUAAGAUGAAACCUUAAUGAUCCCAGCGGGGGAAAUUGGAACAGGGCAAAAAAUAAAUAAGAUUAGCACAAAGUGAAGGUUAUAUGAAUACAUGACCUACAAUUUCAGGGGAACAUUAAAUGACAAGAUGGGGAGAAAAAUGGUUGUAUGUGAAAUUAGAUUAAUGCGGCAUGGAAAAUCCAAUAUAUAUACAAAAUGAACAAAUCUCAGAGGCAAUGAAAUAUGUGCAGCUACACAAAAAUUAAAUAAACAUGUCGUAUGCGUAUGUCCAGAUCGCACUGCUCAAAUAUGGCACAGUUAUAAAUGCAUAAAACGAGGGAUAAUCAUCAAACUCUUCAAAUGGAGACAAAGUGUAUGCAGAAAAAUCUGCAGGGCUCAUGCAUACUGUUAGUGCGGGGAUAAAUUGUUAAUGUAUUUAUUAUAUAAGCUCUUAUUCAUAUGCAUAGAGAAGAUUUUGUGAGGACUCUGAGUGCAGUAUCGAGACUCUAACACAGACUGGCAGAGGCUGGCUGAAGAGAGCUGAGCACACAAGCGCUCCGCGUUGCAUCACUCCACUACAGAGGCGGCUGGAAGGUGUUGUCUUUGAUGUUCAGUUCAGUUUCAUUUCUCUUCACCCGACUAUUAAUGCUCUUGUUAUGCUGCCUCCUCGGCUCACCACUGCCAAGACAACUGAGUGAUAGCAUACGUCGACCUCAGCCCUCUCAAGUAGGGCCUUUCUUGUUCUGUGUGACUGCUCAGAGCAGUUUGUCAGAGAAAUUUUGCCUCAGAUUUUCCCUUUUGCAACACCUUUACGCUGUACUCAGAUCAGAUUUCCUUGAAAAUGAAUAUCCGGCUGUUUUUGGUUAUGAGAUGGCCAUCCUCUGACCUUUCUUAGCUCUAAAGGUGUCUUAAAAAUCUGCCAUGAUUUCCAAACGUCUCAAUUUAGAAACAAACAUUUUGUGUCAUCUUUAGCUGCUGAAAUUAGGGCCUGUGUCCACUGACAGCACCUCUUGUUUGCUGGCUAUGCUUACAACAACAAGCACCAAUUGUUGCAAAUAUUACAAAGGUUAUCUCAUUAAGGUCCUCACACACCAGGAAAGACGCAAAUUAUGAAAUAUUCGGAGGCCAAUUUUGACGCGCCUGACUAUACACAUCAAGCCCGACGCGUCCUGGGUGGAAACUUGUAAAUGACUAACAUUUGUUUUAAGACUCGACUUUCGACUCAACACCUGGAAAAAAAUCUUUUUUCAUUUUCAUUUUUUUCAUUUAUUUAUUUUUUUCAUACAUGUGCGUGCAACACGAAAAAGUAUACUGAAAACAAACAAACAAAACCAGAGAGAAUCUUCAAAACAACAUAACAAUAAUCAAAUCAAAAAAGUUAAAAUAAUAAUAAAAAAUACUACUAAUAAUAAU